AUGUGUGAAACUCCCAAGGGGGCUAUUGAGAAAGAGGCCGAUGUGGAUGGCCUCAGCAAAGUCAUCGUUGCAGAAAUAGCACUUCAAGUAUAUCUGUCUUCGGAAGCUGAAGAGAAGUUUUCCGCUUGCAGGCUUGGGAGAGGCUCUUUCGGAAAAGUCAGAAGCAAAGAAUAA